AUGACGGUUCCACAUAUUGUGAUACUUUUGGUGUCACUAUCUCAACUGGAAUGCAAGGAUCCUGCUCUUAAGUGUUCCAUAGGUGACCCUGUCCCUAUUUUUCACAAGUCCUUUCAGUCAGGAGACCUCAUCAUUGCUGGCAUUAUUUCUCAUAUUUAUAUCCUUUCUAACUGCAUAACAUUUGGAAAACAUCCUUCUCAGGAACUCCUUGAUGAUAUCAUCUAUUUCAGCCCAAGCAGGACUUAUCAAGCAUCAAUGGAUCUUCUAUCUACAAGGAAGAGAUUAAUGCCUAACUACAAGUGUGAUGCAAAGAGAAAUCUGCUAGCUGUCAUAGGAGCUUCUGAUGUUGAUGUCCACAUGGUGAAUGUGUUGAACAUCUACAAGAUCCCACAGCUGACCUAUGGAUCUGCUUCAGUGGUGACUGAGAACAACCAAUCUCCUUUCUCCUACUGGAUGCUCCCAAAUGUGGCCCAUCAACACAACGGGAUUCUCCGCUUACUACUGUACUUCAGAUGGGUGUGGAUAGGGUUGUUUUAUCUGGACACUGAAAGUACAGAACAAUUCAUACAGAGUAUCAUCCCCUCUUUCUCCCAAAGGGGUGUCUGCUUUGAUUUCAUACAGGCUUUUCCAGAUAUAGGUUUUUCGGAUGGCAUCACUGAAUUUGUGGCAGACAGGCUAGAGAUAUACAAGAUGGCUAUGAGAAGCACUGCCACCUCAUUGGUCGUUCAUGGUGAAAUUCAGACAAUGAUGUACUUGAGGACAAUGUACCAGGUUGCAAAAUAUGACACUGCACCAAUUAAAACAAAAGGCAAAGUCUGGAUUAUGACUGCCCAGAUGGAGUUCACAUCACUUUCCUUCCAAAGAGAUUGGGACAUGGACAUCAUCAUUCAUGGAGCCUUAUCCUUUGCAGUUCACUCGGAGGAGGUGUCUGGGUUUUUCAGAUUUCUUCAGAUGAGAAAUCCGACCUUGCAGAAAGAAGAUGGUUUCAUUAAGGCCUUCUGGCAAAAUGCAUUUCUCUGUACAUUCCCCAGCUUCACAGCAGUAAGCAAAGAUGUGCAAAUGUGCACUGGAGAGGAGAAGCUGGAGACUCUUCCUGCAGCUGUCUUUGAAACAAGGAUGACUGGCCAUAGCUAUAGCAUCUACAAUGCUGUCUAUUCUGUGGCGCGUGCCUUGCAUGGCUUACACACGUUCCACUUCAGACCCAGAACAGUGGCUGACGGAGGAAGAAGGCAGCUUCUGAAUCAACAGUUUUGGGAGGUUCAUCGAUUUCUGAGAGCUGUCUCCUUUAACAACAGUGCCGGGGAACGAGUUUCGUUUGACCAAAAUAGGGAAUUAAUCAGUGGGUUUGAUAUUCUGAACUGGGUGACAUUCCCAAAUCAGUCCUUUGUCAGAGUCAAAGUUGGAAGGAUAGACCCAGACAUCCACACAGAGAACCUGUUCACCAUUCGUGAGGAUGCCAUUGUGUGGCCCAGCAUGUUCAACCAGACCCGACCACUUUCCCUGUGCAAUGAGAACUGUCAUUCCGCUUAUAGUAGAAGAAAGAAGGAAGGGAAGCCAUUUUGCUGCUAUGAUUGCAUUCCAUGCCCAGAAGGGAAGAUUUCGAAUGAGAAUGAUAUGGAUGACUGUUUUCCAUGUGCAGAAGAUCAUUAUCCAAACAACAAGCAGAAUCGAUGCCUUCCAAAAGACAUAAGCUACUUGUCUUAUGAAGAACCUUUGGGGGUCAGUUUGGCUUUCUUUUCCCUUGCCUUCUCGUUCAUCACAGUUUUGGUACUCAGGAUCUUCAUUAAGCACCAGGAUACUCCCAUAGUCAAAGCCAACAACCAGAAUCUGACCUACACUCUUCUCAUCUCUCUCCUGCUUUCCUUCCUUUGUGCUUUGCUAUUCAUCGGCCACCCUGGGAAGGAGACCUGUCUCCUUCGACAAAUGACUUUUGGCAUCAUCUUCUCAGUGGCUGUUUCUUGUGUUUUGGCCAAAACUAUCAUUGUGGUUUUGGCUUUCAUGGCCACCAAGCCGGGGUCCAGGAUGAGAAAAUGGAUGGGGAAUCAACUGGCCAUCUUCAUUGUUCUCUUCAGCUCUCUUAUACAAGCCAUUAUAUGCACUGUGUGGGGGGCAACAUGUCCACCAUUCCCUGAUUUUGACAUGCACUCAAUGACUGAUGCAAUUGUAGUGGAAUGCAACGAAGGGUGGGUCACCAUGUUUUAUUGUGUCUUGGGCUUCCUGGGUUUCCUGGCCACUGUCAGCUUCACUGUGGCUUUCCUGGCCAGGAAGUUACCUGACAGUUUUAAUGAAGCCAAAUUCAUUACUUUCAGCAUGUUGGUCUUUUGCAGUGUUUGGUUGUCCUUUGUUCCAACCUAUUUGAGCACCAAGGGAAAAUACAUGGUAGCUGUGGAGAUCUUCUCUAUUUUGGCUUCCAGUGCUGGGUUGCUAGGCUGUAUCUUUUCCCCCAAAUGUUAUAUUAUUUUGUUGAGGCCAGAAAUGAAUAGUAGAGACCAGCUGAUAUGGAGAAAGCGCUGA